CCCGAAAAGAGAGAAAUAAAGGAAGGGAAGAAGGGAGGGAGGGUGUGCAUAAUCGUUUCGGUAAUUGUAAUAUAGCUGCUUUUGAGCGAAUUCGGAUCUUUGCUGAUCUGGGUCUCAUCUGCUUCAACCAUUUCUGCAGGUUUUGGGUUUUUGCAGGGUGAGUCACGCUUCCACUAAUAGAUUCUCUACGUCUUUUGCUUUAACCCGAGGCUGGAAUUAAAAGUUAUAUCUGAUGAAUUUAAUGGGCAUGUUGAGCUGGAAGAAUAUAUCUUUAUCUCUUUCCCUUCUCUGCGAGUGUGUAUGCUAUAUUGAUUUGAGGUGACGAGAGCAUUUGACGUUCUGUCAAAUCCUUUUUUUUUUUUUUUUUUUUUAGUUGAAAUGCCCGUAUAUCGAUUUGCUUGGAGACAUAAUCGGAGUAGAGCACAUGCAAUUCUAAUAACAUUAUUCAUUAUGGGUUGGUUUAGCAAAAUUUUUAAGGGUUCCGGCCAUAAAGAUUCAGAUGGGCAUUUGCAUACAUACUAUGGUGGAGAUCCAGAUCAAUAUUCACCUGCUAGUUCAGGGGAUAUAUGGCCAGAGAGUGAAAAUGAAGAUAUAGAUCAUGCCAUUCAACUCUCUCUUUUAGAAGAAAGUCAAAAGGGAAAAAAUGUGAUUGAUUGUGAUUUUCCAUUGGAGGAUGAUGAACAACUAGCCCGAGCUCUACAAGAAAGCCUAACUGUGGAAUCUCCUCCCCAAUAUGGAUAUGGAAAUGUAUAUCAACCCGCCCCAAUUUACUUCCCUUCGGGGUUAAGGAUAUGUGGUGGUUGCUACGCUGAGAUUGGUUAUGGGCGAUAUCUUAAUUGUCUCAAUGCAUUUUGGCAUCCUGAAUGCUUCCGGUGUCGUGCUUGCAACUUACCCAUCUCUGAUUACGAGUUCUCUACUUCUGGGAGUUAUCCAUACCAUAAAUCUUGCUACAGGGAGAAUUACCACCCAAAAUGUGACGUCUGCAAGCUCUUUAUUCCAACAAAUCCUGCUGGUCUAAUUGAAUAUAGGGCACAUCCAUUUUGGGUUCAGAAAUACUGCCCUUUUCAUGAACAUGAUGGCACUCCUCGGUGUUGCAGCUGUGAGCGAAUGGAGCCACGAGAGACGAGAUAUGUUGCCCUUAAGGACGGUCGGAAGCUCUGUCUAGCAUGUCUGGAAUCUGCAAUUAUGGAUACCGUUGAUUGCCAACCCCUAUAUAUUGAUAUACAACAAUUUUAUGAAGGUCUAAAUAUGGAAGUGGAGCAGCUAAUUCCAUUACUCUUGGUUGAGAGACAAGCACUAAAUGAAGCAAGAGAAGGAGAAAAGAAUGGCCAUUAUCACAUGCCUGAGACCAGAGGGUUAUGCCUUUCUGAGGAGCAAACUAUCAGCACUAUUUUAAGGCGACCAAGGAAUGGUACAGGAAAUCGAGCUAUGAAGAUGAUAACAGAGCCCUACAAACUAUCGCGUCGAUGUGAGGUUACCGCAAUUCUCAUAUUGUAUGGUCUUCCAAGGUUGCUUACCGGAUCAAUCCUAGCUCAUGAGAUGAUGCAUGCAUGGCUGCGUCUUAGAGGUUACCCGAAUCUCAGUCAAGACGUCGAGGAAGGUAUCUGUCAGGUUCUAGCUCACAUGUGGUUGGAAUCCAAGCUCAAGUCUGGAUCAGGCAGCAAUGUUGCAUCAACCUCAUCAUCUGCUUCCACCGCACCCAAAAGCGGUACGGUAUCUCUAUAUGAAAGAGAGCUUGGGGAGUUCUUCAAACAUCAGAUCAAAUCAGACAUUUCUCCGGUGUAUGGAGGCGGAUUCAGAGCCGGUCAACAGGCAGUGCAUCAAUAUGGUCUUCAGGAGACCCUUAACCAAAUAUGGAUGACAGGGAGAUUUCCUUAUUGAUGCCUAGCUCCCUGGAUUUCUAUUGUGCAUCUCUUUCUUUCCACUGAGUCUGAAGGUUGUUGGCCUUUCAUAUUUUAGAUCCCACAAGGCCAAAUCGCGUAGAAGCAACUCUCUGUAGAAUAUUUCUUGAGAAAGUGCUAAUUUCUUGAGAAAGUGCUAAUGUUACCUUUCUUUUUUUUAAUAGGAAUAAAUUAAAUAAUUAAUAUUUGAAUAUUCUCUUC